AUGGUAUACAACUUAAAGUAUAUAUAUGCAGCUCAGCUCUGCUGGAGACACACUGCAAGUACCUUCCUCCCAACCGACUGCUUCCUUACCCAGUCAAGAAGACCACAAAGUUCAGCAAUGGCCAUCACUGACAUCCUCUCUGCUAAAGAUAUUGAAUCUGCUCUCUCCAGCUGCCAGGCUGAUGAUUCCUUCAACUACAAGUCUUUCUUCUCCAUGGUUGGUUUAUCCAGCAAAACUCCUGAUCAGAUAAAGUUAGUUUUUGGAAUCCUUGAUCAGGACAAGAGUGGUUUCAUCGAAGAAGAGGAGCUGCAGCUGUUCCUGAAGAAUUUCUCUUCAAAUGCCAGAGCCCUCACCUCAGCAGAGACCAAGGCUUUUCUGGCUGCAGGAGACACUGAUGGGGAUGGCAAAAUUGGAGUGGAAGAGUUCCAGUCUCUGGUGAAGGCAUAAACAGCAUUAGACCAAAGGCAACCUUGGACUGACUCUGCCAAUUACCUCGUCCAGCAAGCACCUCGCACUCAGCAUGUGUUUGUACAUUUUUAUAUUGUUUCAGGCAUUAACAGUUCCCCACACAUGAAGUUCACACACCUGAUUGCUGAGAAACCUUGCAAUGUUUUGGUCACAUGGUAUUGUUACAUUUCCAUUGUAAAGAAGGCACUUUGUGAUUUUCCACCACUGAUAAUGUUGAUAUUGUGGCUGGGAGAGGGGAGAAGACAAUUAAAAAAACAAUUAAACCAAAA